AUGUGAUCAGGUGACCUUAAUUGACCCCCAUCAGGUCAUCCUCCUGUGAGCAUUUAGUUAGUACUCGUUUGUUCAUUCACUGUACAUUAAAUUUGGUAAGUAAAAUAUGCACAUUUUAAACAUUUUGCUUGUUAUGUUUUAGAAAUAUAUAAUAAAUUAUACGAUUUAAAUGCAAAAUCUCGUGUUCGGCUUUUUAUGCAGCACGUGUUACUUUAGACCUAAUUUAUCGCUCAUUUUUAUUGAUCGUUUUUAACCGGCUUGUUAACGUAAAAGAUGAAUAUACUAUCGUAUGUUACAUAAUCAAAGAUAAUCUUAGACCAACGAUUUCAAAAAUCAAAGUUCACAUUUUAAACGGAUAUCUCAACCUUUAUCAAGAUAGUCGUCCCAUGUAGAUAAGUGAACUUUGAGACAUAAUACUUUUAUAUUAAGUUCUUUCUUUUUCUAACAGGCAUUAAUAUCUAAAAUGUAUUCACAAGUAUACGAUUUCUUUCAAAGAGAAGUUUUGCCCUAUGGAGAUCCACGAUCAAAAGAUUGGUUUCUCCUGCAAUCUAAUCCAGUACCAGUAUGGAUUAUAACGAUUGCCUAUUUACUCUUUGUUACACUUGGACAAAAGUUUAUGAAAAAUAGACCCGCCUAUGAUUUAAAAUGGUUUAUGAUAAUUUAUAAUUUAGGUUUGGUUGUUUGGUCUUUAUAUAUGGUGAUAGAGAUUCCAAUUGCAACAUGGAAGGCUGACUAUAAUUUUAUCUGUGCCGAACUUAAUGACGAACGCAGAAAAGAUCCAAGAGAAUUAAGGGUAGCUGCUGUGAUGUGGUGGUACUUUUUCUCAAAGGCAAUUGAGUUAUUAGAUACUGUUUUAAUGGUUCUACGUAAAAAAAAUAAUCAGAUAACAUUCCUGCACGUUUUUCAUCAUGCAUCUAUGCUAAACAUCUGGUGGUGGGUUGGAAUGUUCAUCCCCAGUGGUUUAUCAUUCUUUGGCUCUUGGCUAAACUCACUUGUACACGUAUUUAUGUACGCAUAUUAUGGUUUAACCGCUAUUCCAGCCGCUAGACCAUAUCUUUGGUGGAAAAAGUAUAUCACUAAACUCCAAUUGAUCCCAAUCUUACUCCAAAAAGAAAUAGAAUACGACGAAAGAGGAAAUGCUUUAUUAGACGAAGAUAACAAGCCAAAAUUGCGCUGCGGUUUUCGUAUUGGUGGGGGCAUUGAUCAAGAUAAUACUCUCUCAGCCCAAGGAUAUCCAGACAAGGGCGUUUACGUGACCUACAUCUACGAAAAUGGUCCUGGCCAUAAAGCUGGUUUGCAACAACACGAUAAAAUCCUACAGGUAAAUGGUCAUGAUAUGACGGUAGUGACUCACAAGAAAGCUGUGGAAUAUAUUAAAAGAAAAGCUAUUCUGAAUAUGUUGGUUUAUCGCAAAGGAGUACCCCAAAUUCCAAGCUCACAACAAGCCCCAGUCUAUAAUCCUCCACAAUUUAGUUCUCCUCAAAGGCAACCCCCAAUGCCACACUCUCCAAUGCAUAGACCAGAUCAUAAUUUUGGACGCAAUAGUCCAAUGCAUUCCCCAUCAAGACAUUAUCAACCAGCAUCUCCAGGUCAUCAUUCUGGAUUUGAUCGAAGUUCUUUUGAUGCUAUGCAAGCUAAACCGUAUUAG